CCGCCAUAACCUUAAAAUUAUUGUAAAAUCAAUUUUUGCAAUUUUGCGUCGUGUUGUGUUUUUGUGUAAAAGUAAAAAAUUUGGUUUCAAGUUUUAACAAAGAAAUAAAUAGCUAUUAUAAAAAUUUGAACAAAGUUUUUGUUUGCUUCAAAGAUGAGGGGUGCGUUCAUUGUAUUUGAAGGAGGAGACAGAUGCGGAAAGACUACCCAGUGCAAGAGAAUUGUCGAGUAUUUAAAAAGUACUGGAAUAUCUUGCGAAUACAUGAACUUUCCUGACAGAAGUUUGAUAACUGGAAAAGCGAUAAAUGAUUACCUGCUCAAGAAAACAGAACUACCGGACAAGGCAGUACACAUGCUGUUUUCCGCAAAUAGAUGGGAGCUGGAGCCGAAAAUAAGAAACCUAAUCUACAAUGGUACCAGUCUCAUUGUUGACAGGUACUCAUUCUCCGGUGUAGCUUUCUCGGCUGCUAAAAAGGGCAUGGACUUGGAAUGGUGUAAACUGCCCGAGGUGGGUCUGCCGAAACCCGAUCUGGUGUGUCUGUUCAAAUCGCGAGUCGAUUUGGCGAGUCAGCGUAACGGGUGGGGGGAGGAACGCUACGAGGUCACAGACUUCCAGGAGAGGGUCAGCGACAACUUCCAACUACUCCACGAUUCCUCCUAUUGGCAGGAGAUCGAUGCAGUUGGAAGCAUAGAAGAAGUGACUGAAUCUUUGAAGCCGCUAAUACUGCAAACCCUGGAAAAAGCCAAAACCCAAGAAUUGAAGAAUCUCUGGUGAAUUUCAAAAUGCAGCAUUACCAUUGGUGCAGAUAAACUAUCAACAAUCUUCUAAAGUGCAAUUAUUGACAAUUUUACUAACAUUAGUUUAAGAAAACCUUUCGACUAGAAUAGUAUCCUUUUUUCUAUUGCUUAUUGAUUAUAUAUUUGAGGCUAGUAAAUAUCCAUUUUGUAAGAAUGUUGAAUAAUUGAACUCAGCCAAUUAAAUUGGUAAAAAUUGAGUUUCUAUUUAAUAUUAAAGUAUAUUAUUAUUUAAAUAUUUUUAAUUUUAAUUAUUCGUUAAGACUUGGAAUAUUACUACUUUUUGCAGAAGCUUGUAACUUUUUCAAUUCAUUUUCAAUGUCGUAACUUAGAAUGUUUUUCUAUAGUCUCACAAUAUUUGAAAUGGAUUGUUUUCAAUUGAAUAGUGUCAAUUUCAAUUGAAAAAUCAGUCUACGAAUGAAUUGGAACUCUAUUUUUUACCUUUUAUUUGAAGAACUUGCAAAAAACUAACCACUAUUAUUAUUCAAGAAUGAGAUAUAAUGAAAACUAUUAUGGUACAGUAUUAUUAAUAAUAGUGGGUUCAAUAGGGUUUUAAACUGUUCUAUUGUUGACAUUUUUAUAAUAUGUUGGUGUAACGUUGGGAAAGAAUCAUUAAACUUAUUAUAUUCAAAU